GAAUACUUUUCCAUUCUUGACUUCUUCGCGUUGUUUCCAAUUUUUCUCCAACUUAACGUAACACUGCCGUUCCGAAACGGCCCCGCGAGAAACCAAGAAAAAAAAAGAAACAACGAGACUGGAAAAUGGAUUUAAAUGCCUUCUCUUCAACAAGAAGAAAAUCAAAGAAUCAUCAAAAUCUUUACUUUUAUUAACCAAAAUCUUAAUUUUCUCCGAAUCCCAUUAUCUUUUUCGGAAAAAAUAACAAGUUGUUUAAAACCCUCCGGAAAAUUCCAGACAGGGACAAUUGGGAUUUUCAGUUUUCAGACAUUCUUUGAUCUGAUGAUCUGAUCGCCAUUGUAAUGUAAAGAAUAAAUUAAAUUACGUAAAGGGUCUGUUAGGAACAAAUAAUCUUGGAAAUUUUUUGACGGGGUGACCAAUGUCUUGGGGAUUGGGUUGGAAACGCCCAUCAGAUGUAUUUCACCUCACAUUAAGCUAUGGUGAAGACGAGGCAUUAGAUGAGUCCACACCCACAUCUUCAAGAUCGUCCUCAUCGACGUCGGUGCAUACUUCACCAUUCUCACCGUCGCCGCCGGCGGAGGGUCAAGAAGAGAAUAAUCAAGAAGAGCUAUUAGGGUUUAGGGUGGAUUUAGAUUGGAACGUCGGUGAUGAUGAGGAUCAGGUGGCUUUGAAGUUGCAGUCACAGGUUAUGGUGGCAUUGCCUUCACCACAAGAUACAGUGGAAAUUGAAUUCAAGGACAAGAAGGAGAAUGAGAAUGCUGCGGAGGAGGAUAUGGGUGAGGUGGCUGUGGAAAUGAGAGUUGUGAAGAGGAGAGAGCCAUUGAAAGGGGUGAUGAUGUGGCGGGUGGGUAGUUCAAGCCAGCAGAGUGAUGGGAUGGGGGUAUUGUCAAAGUUGAUUAGGUCGAAUUUCGCCAAUGGCGGUGCUUUAGGAAUCGGGGAAGGCUCACCAGUGGGGUGUGCUGACCACUGGAAGAGUGUUACUGUUGUUAGUCUAUGUGGUCUUGGACUAAUGGUGCUGCCAGUAGAGAUAACCCAGCUGCCUCUUAUUGAAAGGCUAUAUCUUGAUAACAAUAAGCUAUCAAAUUUGCCACCUGAGCUUGGUGCACUAAAAUGCUUGAAAGUUCUCGCGGUGGACUACAACAUGUUAGUCUCUGUCCCCGUUGAACUAAGAGAGUGUAUUGGGCUAGUCGAAUUAUCGCUGGAACACAACAAGCUGGUGCGACCUCUUCUUGAUUUCAGGGCAAUGACAAUGUUACGUGUUCUGAGGCUUUUUGGUAAUCCUCUAGAAUUUCUUCCUGAUAUUUUGCCACUCCAGAAGCUUCGCCACUUAUCCCUUGCAAACAUAAGGGUUGUGGCAGACGAUCAGUUGAGAUUAGUGAAUGUGCAAAUAGAGAUGGAGAAUAGUUCUUACUUUAUUGCAUCUCGGCAUAAACUGAGUGCCUUCUUCUCUCUUAUAUUCCGUUUCUCUUCGUGUCACCAUCCCCUGCUAGCUUCGGCCCUGGCAAAGAUAAUGCAAGAUGAGGGGAAUCGUGUAGUUGUUGGGAAAGAUGAGAACGCUGUGAGGCAACUCAUAAGUAUGAUCAGUAGUGACAAUCAGCAUGUGGUAGAACAAGCUUGCUCUGCUCUUUCUUCUCUUGCCACAGACGUUUCUGUGGCAAUGCAGUUAAUGAAAUCAGAUAUUAUGCAACCCAUAGAAAGAGUACUAAAAUCUGCUGGUCCUGAGGAAGUCAUAUCUGUGUUGCAAGUUUUGGGAAAUUUGGCCUUUGCAUCAGAUAUUGUAUCCCAAAAGCUGCUGACAAAGGAUGUACUGAGAUCAUUGAAACUUUUGUGUGCUCACAGAAAUCCAGAGGUGCAAAGACUAGCUUUAUUUGCAGUUGGUAAUUUAGCGUUCUGCUUGGAAAAUCGUCGCAUUUUAGUUACUUCAGAAAGUUUACGCGAAUUGCUAUUGCGGUUGACAGUUGCAUCAGAGCCACAAGUCAGUAAGGCUGCAGCUCGUGCUUUGGCAAUACUAGGGGAGAAUGAGGUUCUACGGCGAGCUAUAAGAGGGAGACAGGUCCCAAAGCAAGGAUUGCGCAUACUUUCAAUGGAUGGUGGUGGCAUGAAAGGUCUGGCAACUGUGAGAAUCCUUAAGGAGAUCGAGAAAGGUACUGGGAAGCAGAUACACGAACUUUUUGACCUCAUUUGUGGGACUUCAACUGGUGGUAUGCUUGCUGUUGCUCUUGGGAUCAAACUGAUGUCUUUGGAAAAAUGUGAAGAAAUAUAUAAAAAACUUGGAAAACUUGUGUUUGCCGAACCUGUUCCCAAGGACAAUGAAGCAGCAACAUGGAGAGAAAAGUUUGAUCAACUCUACAAGAGCUCAUCUCAGAGUUUCAGGGUUGUUAUACAUGGAUCUAAACACAGUGCAGAACAGUUUGAGAGAUUAUUGAAGGAGAUGUGUGCUGACGAGGAUGGGGAUCUUCUGAUAGAGUCAGCAAUUAAAAGGAUUCCUAAAGUUUUUGUUGUAUCAACUCUGGUCAGUGCGACACCAGCUCAACCCUUUAUUUUCCGCAACUAUCAGUACCCUCCUGGGACACCAGAGAUUUCCCCUGCGGCUACUGAGAAUUUGACUACUUCUGGCCAAGGAACAGUAAGUGAUCCAGCUCAAGUUGAACACAAGAGAAAUGCUUUCAUGGGAAGCUGUAAGCAUCGGAUAUGGCAGGCCAUAAGAGCAUCAUCUGCUGCACCUUAUUAUCUUGAUGAUUACUCUGAUGAUGUAUACCGCUGGCAAGAUGGUGCAAUUGUUGCCAACAAUCCUACCAUUUUUGCCAUACGAGAAGCACAACUAUUAUGGCCAGAUGCAAGGAUUGACUGCAUGGUCUCAAUUGGUUGUGGUUCUGUCCCCAUGAAGGUUCGCAAAGGUGGAUGGCGUUACCUUGAUACUGGCCAAGUGUUGAUAGAAAGUGCAUGCUCAGUUGACCGGGUGGAGGAAGCUUUAAGUACAUUGCUUCCACUGCUUCCUGAUGUGCACUAUUUUCGCUUUAAUCCAGUUGAUGAGCGAUGUGAUAUGGAGCUAGAUGAGACAGACCCUGCUGUCUGGUCAAAGUUAGAGGCUGCAACAGAUGAUUACAUUCAGAACACUUCUGCUGCUUUCAAGAAUAUUUGUGAAAGAUUGUUGGAGAGGCCACAUGAUGAGAAAUUUUCAGACAAAAAGUCCCAUCAGUUUCUCAAAGCGAAGAACUCUAAAACUGAUGAAAGCAGUCCUUCUUUAGGUUGGAGGAGGAGCGUGCUUCUUGUCGAGGCCCCAAAUAGUGCAGAUGCUGGAAGAGUGUUUCACCAUGUUCGCUCACUAGAGUCAUUGUGUGCUCGUAAUGGAAUAAAACUCAGUCUUUUUAAUGGCAUAUCAAAUACUCAGAAAGCAACUCCAGGAUCAACUUUUCCGACACCUUUUGCUUCUCCAUUGUUCACUGGGAGUUUCCCUUCAAGCCCUCUCUUAUACAGUCCUGAUAUUGGGGCUCAUAGGGUUGGUAGAAUUGAUUUAGUUCCACCACUAAGCUUGGAUGGAUUACAAUCUGCAAAAACAACCGUCUCACCGCCCGAUUCUCCUCGAAAACAUCGACAGCUUUCGUUGCCUGUUCAAUCUUUGUAUGAGAAGCUAAAGAAUUCCCCUCAGGUUGGAGUUGUGCACUUGGCACUGCAAAAUGAUACAUCUGGCUCUGUACUGAGUUGGCAGAAUGAUGUAUUUGUGGUUGCCGAACCUGGAGAACUAGCAGAUAAGUUUCUGCAGAGUGUCAAAUUCAGCUUGCUGUCUAUGAUGCGAGGCCGCCGGAGAAAGUAUGCAUCGGUCAUCUCUGACAUCUCAACCGUUGCUGAUCUUGUUAGGUGUAGGCCAUGCUUCCAAAUUGGGGGUGUAGUCCACCGUUAUAUUGGGCGUCAGACACAGGUCAUGGAAGAUGACCAAGAAAUUGGUGCCUAUAUGUUCCGUAGGACGGUUCCUUCAAUGCAUUUAACUUCAGAAGAUAUUCGGUGGAUGGUUGGAGCAUGGAGGGAGAGAAUUAUAAUCUUCACUGGUUUCUAUGGCCCUAUCCAACCUGUAAUCAAGGCUUUUCUAGAUUCAGGAGCAAAAGCUGUUAUAUGUCCUUCCUCUGAGCCUGAUGAAGUGCAGUUGUCUACAUUUCACGGGUCAGGUGAUUUUAAUUCUUUCGAUAAUGGAAAGUUUGAAAUUGGCGAAGAAGAAGCAGAGGAUGACGAUACUGAACCUACUAGUCCAGCAAGUGAUUGGGAUGAUAGUGAGCCAGAGCAAAGUGAAGGACGCUCUCAAUUCUUUUGGGAUGAUGAUGAGGGGGAGUUGUCCCAAUUCAUAUGUCAAUUCUAUGAGUCUCUUUUUCAGGGUGGUUCAAGAAUAGUUGCUGCAUUGCAGCAGGCUCGUGCCUCGCACCGUAGCCUAAGGUAUUCAUGCCAUCUUCCCAGCAUACCAUAGUUCGUCGGGGUACUCAUACCAUGAUAGUCUCAAGGAAGGCGCAAGGCAGUCAAUGCUUAUGCUGACUGCAUGUUGCUUGAUUAAGGCAAUUUGUGCUCUCUCUACAUUAUUCCAUACUUUGUAAAGAAGAACUAUACUUGUACAAGCAAAGGAAAAGAUUGCAGAAGAAGCAUGGCAAGAGAAAAAAGUAGUAGAAACGAGUAAUAGUUCAAGAAGCUAGAGAAGCAACCAAUUUUGAGGCUCUGAAGUCACUUUUUUUGUGUUCAUAGUCACUGAUGGAUGCUUGUUUUUCUUUAGGGACCAGUUCCGCAGAAUUUUCCUUGUAAGUCAUUUCAGAUUGAGAAAGGUUUCGAGUCCCAAUAAGUAACUUGUAUAGGAAAAUUAAUUUAUUGGAUAAAGCUUGGACAAUUUUUUUUAA